CGUUAACUACUGUUUAAUGAAAGUCCUUGACUUGGAUCCCCAUUCUUCCCAUUAGCCUCCCACUGUGCAUUUUACCCGGGUUGAGUUCAGUCAGUGGAACCUGUGAGGAAUUAGCAGCUGGGCGUGGCAGCAUAAGGGGUAACAGAAGCGAACAGCAUAACAGGAGAUGCUUAGCGCGAAGCAGGUUCUAGCAAAGCUCUGCAGAUACUUUCCUCCUUUCUUUCCUUGUUUCAGUGGUGAGGAUCACACCAGGACUCAACGAGUGACGAUUUUAUGUGUACACAGUGUGUCUUGAUCACAGUAACCCUCCAGCUCCCUCCUCCCAUUCCUCCUGACCUCCGUGCCGCCCCUCCCUCCUUCAUGUCCUAUUUUAUCUUCAUAAUUCACUGGGUCCACUUAGUGCUGCCUGGCAGGGGAGCUAUCCACAGGUAGCCUACAAGUAGUCUCACUCCCGAGGAGGGUGACUCCCACUCCCCCAAGAACCAUCAGCUGCGAAUAGCCACGGUAUGUAGGACUCACUGCUGAGGAAGUCUGUAAGCUUUUCUCCCCCAGUGGACUCUAGCACUGUAAAAACUAGAGGGCAGGAAUGGAGUUUCCAGGUCAAUUCCAAUCUGACUUCUCUGUGUUCAUCAGUAGGGUCCUUCCUUUUAGCUAUGGUGGACAACUAAAAACAAUGAGAAUAACCAGUUGUUUGGGGUCCCCCUGGGUCCUUUCUGACCAGUGACUCAUAGGGAGGUAUCCCAUACACGACACUGGGAUUUAGCUCAGUGGUAGAGUGCUUGCCUAGCAAGCGCAAGGCCCUGGGUUCGAUCCCCAGCUCCGAAAAAACAAAACAAAACAAAAAAAAACCCCCAUGUAUUCUGGGAGAACAUUGUCCGCUCACUAAAGAUACGGCUAUUCAAACAGCUUUUAAAAGUUUUUAAAUAAGCAUACAAGCAAAGGCCUUUUCAUACAUUUUGGGUUUUUUUUUUUUUUUUUUGACUCCCCUUACACCAUAACCCUCAUUCUGGCUUAACCACACUCUGACAACGCCCCCAUACACACUUCCACAUCACGUUUGCUCUGCGUUCAACCCCUUAAGACCUCCUAGCCCCUAUAUGGCUGUUUCUGGUUUCCUGACCUCAUAUAAAACACACAUCUAGAAGUUUUGAAGCUAGGGUCCACACAUGAGAGAGUCGUGCCCGGGGCUUAUUGUACUUCAGUUCCAUCCAUUUGCCAGGAAAAUACCAGGAUUUCCUUUUCAUAACAUCUGCACGAACUGCCAGUGUGUGUGUGUGUGUGCUAAUUUCACUUCCUAGUUGAUGUCAGUAGAGUAGUCCUGUGGUAGUCUAUGGAACCCUUUGGGUAUAUGCCCAUGGUGUUUCUUCCCACCCACAGUGGGCAACCAUUUCCCGUCCCCCACACGCUCCUCAGUAUUGAUAGGUCUGGUGACAGCCAUUCUGACUGAGGUAAGACAGAAUCUCCAUUUUAAUUUUCCUUGAUGCCCCGUGCCACUCUUACAACGUAGAUGUUGCAAAAUCAUUGUAUUCUAUUGAGUUACAGAUCUCCUAAAGCCUACUGUGAGAGCAAACUAUUUUAACUCAGUUGUGUUUCCUUUCAGACUUCAUCCUUGGAUUGUGUUUACCGUACUAUUCAUGGGAUUUUUAACUUUUCCAUACUCAACAGAUUUGUGAAAUCUCUCCACGUUAACUACAAAAGAAGUGGGAGGAGGGGGGCUUCACAAAAAACCUGUUAAGGCAUUUUGGCCAAAGCAAUUAUUCUAACUCCUGUAUAACUAAUACUGUUUUAAAAAAAAAAAAACUUUAAAAAUUUCUGAGGAUGUGUUAAAGAUGAACAGGAGAAAGGGUAAGAAGUGUUACCUUUCCCAUCUCAAGACUUAAAAAUUGCUGGCUUAUAUAAAGCUAAGCAAAAUUUGGCAGACAGUAGCCUUGUGUUUCUCACCUCUUCCCAGAGACUUGCAAGACCCUGGAGAUCCAGCAGCCAAAAGCAAUCCACGUAGAAAAACCUAGGAAAGGUGACAACGGCUCUAGUUAGCAGCCUCCUGCAGCAAAGACCGAGGUUGGCCACUGGAGCGCAGCACUGAGCCAAGGACACCGGACCUGUGGGGCGUGGUGGCGGAUUGUGUUGUCUUCCCUAUGGAGAUGGGGGCGCCGCUGCCCCACCUACCUCCCCAGGCAGCAAGCCUUCAUUCCUGCCCCGUGCAGAGAGGAGACUGCUGCCCGACCACCGACCACCGGUCACCGGCCACCGUGCUCAGACCUUGGCCCCUCCAGGAGGUAAAGCCCUUGCCUUCUUGGAGAUGUCUUUUCCUUGGGACUUCUGGAAAAACCUUGAGCCUUGGAGGUCUCCAUGGCCUUGGAGACCUCUGUUGGGGUCAGGUUUGAGUUGGGUGGUGGCAACUUCCCUCCUUCGGAGCACUCCAGAAUGCUCCAGCACUUUGGAAAACACUAGUAUUUCACAGGACCCCAGAUUGGCUCACACCAGCUCCACCCCGACCCCUCACCCCCACCCCCUACACUCCCCGGUCUCUUCUCUUCUCACUCGAUUUGCUACUUUGGAGUCCAAAGACGUGGGAAGGGGCUGUGUGGCUUAAUAAGGAAGAGACUAAGACUCUCCGGUCACUAGUUUGCGGUUCUGAGAUUUCAUAUGCUAGGGUUUCGUGACUAAGGUGACUGAUUACGACACAUCGCUAAAUGUUUAUCUUUUGAGAAGUACUGGCCUUGCGCUUAUUAAUAAACAUUGCUCGAAGUAUCAGCAGAGUUUCCUGGCACCGUCUGUAUUCGAGUUCACUCAGUUCAGGCAGUGGUGUGUACAUGCUCCCGAUGUGGGUAAAUGGACUUGGUUGGAAUUGUGUUUCUUUUCCAAUUUUUCACAUUUUUGUGUGUUGUGGUUCUUCCCUGUAGCCUGUAGAGAACCUCUUUAGAAGCUGUUUCUGCAGGAAUGACAUUUCAGACACUAUCUGAUGCACUUCCCAGUUUGCAUGUGUGAGCUACAAAAGGGCCAAAUGCAUUCGCCUCUCUACCAACUAAUAACACUUCAAAAAAUUAUUGUGUGGGCCUGGUUGUACUGGCGUACCCCUUUAAUCUCAGCACUUGACAAUUGAACCAGGCAGAUCUCUGUGAGUUUGAGGCCAGCCUGGUCUACAUAGUGAAUUCCAGGACAGCCAGGGUUAUGUAAAGAGAGUCAGACUCAAAACAACGACGAAGUGUGUGUGUGUGUGUGUGUGUGUGUGUGUGUGCGCGCGCGCGCGCGUGCGAGUGCACGCACGCGUGCCUGUCUGUCUGUCCGUCUGUCUGUGUGUAUGAGUACUGAGAUGCUCAGAUGCCUAGAAGAGUGUUGGGAGCAAGCGAUGCCCUUAAAUCACUCCAUUAUUGAUGUUAAUAUUAUAGGAGUUAAGUACGACUGGGUUCAUGGAAAAUCCCCAGACAGCUACAGAAGGCUAAUCUGGUGGUCAGGUUGCCUAAUGAUAUGACAAACUUGUGACCUUUCUGACAUUCGGUUGACGUCAGCCGAUUGCCUCACCACAGGAGCAGUGUCCUUGGCCGAACCCCCUAAGAGUUGCAAACAGAAAAACUGAGUCAUCUCUCUGCCCUCCACAAGCAGGUUUGGUUUAUGAUAUUCUAAAUGCACCCUCUGCAGGAGUGAAACGGGACCUUCUGCUCUGCGUGGCUCUACCUACAAAACAAAUCACUCCGGGAAACAGUUAACUGAUACUUCUGGUUUAUUCCAACAGUGAAGCAACUCUCUCCAUACUCCAUAGACUACCAGCCAGUUCAUCUCUUAAUCCAGGUAUAGUUGUUCAAAAAAAAAAAAAAAAGGAAACAAGACAAACACAACAGCGGCUCCCAACAGGGCUCUUACCAAUCUGCUCUGCCCUGACACUGUCUGCCUGGAGUUAGUGCGUAGGCUAUGCUAACCAGCUUUCUGCCACCAUAACACAUGUCUGAGAUAACAUAUAAAGAGAAAGAUUUAUUUGGACCCACAGCUUUGAAGGUUUCAGUCCCUAAAGUUGGCCAGAUUAGAUUCGGAGUCUCUGACUGAGCAUGUGAAUUAGGGUCCUAUGACCUUCCUUCUCCGUUUUAAUUAACUUGCUAGUUUGCCCGACAGGCAUCAGACGGGCGGCUCAACAACCACUUGCAUGAGCUUGGAAGGGACUCUUUCCUCAGUCCAGCUUUGAAUGACUCAUUUCCAGCUGACACUUGCCAGGAGAGACCCUGAGCUGGAGGCCUGGUUAAGCUGUACUCUUAACUCCCAGACACUGUGAGAUAAUCAGUGUUUGUUACAGCAAGCCACUGAUUGGGGAACAAUUUGCUAGAAUUAAGCAAACACUAGGAUACUCACAUCAGCUAACACGCAUGUGCUGCACGAACACUGUCACGGUGGGUAAAGAAAAUGUUAUCUAUUAUUUCUUCUAACGGAUUCACUGAGAACACCAGCAUGACAAAGUUUUCACAGCAUUGCAUAUUGAAAGAAACAUUAAUUCUGAUCAAUUUUCCGAUUAUAUUUAAUCACAGAUUCUGCUUCAGAGGAAGCACCUGCUGAUAUCUUAUAGAACUACUCUUUGGACAGUUACACAAUGCUGGAACAAGAAAACAUCAUUUGGGAGGCAGAAGUAGGAGAACUCUAAGUUCGAGGCUAGCCUGAGUUAGAAUGAGGUGCAGUCUCCAAAAAGAAGUGCAUUAAAAGAGUAGUGACUACAAAUCUAUCAUCCCUCCUUGGUUGAGAAGCAUCUCUUUUAAAAAUUUAACUUAAUUUAAUUUUUUUAAGAUCAACAUAUUAUUGACUUAUUUAUUUAUAUAUCAAAUGUUGUCCCAUUGUUCUGUUUCCUCUUUAGAAACCCAAUAUCUCCCGCUGCUUCUAUGAGGAUGCUCCCCUACCCACACACCCCACUCCCUCCCACCACCGUCCUCUGACAUUCCCCUACACUGGAGCAUUGAGCCUUGACAGGACCAAGGGCCUCUCCUCCCAUUGAUGCCAGACAAGGCCACACUCUGCUACACAUGUAGCUGGAGUCAUAGAUCCAUCCCUGUGUACCCUUGGGAUGGUGUUUUAAUUCUUUAGGAGCUCUGGGGGGGGGGUCUGGUUGGUUGAUAUUGUUGUUCUUCUUAUGGGGUUGCAAACCCCUUCAGCUCCUUCAGUCCUUUCUCUAAUUCCUCAAUUGGGAAUCCCGUUCUCAGUCCAAUGGUUGGCUGCGAGCAUCUACCUCUGUAUUUGUCAGGGUCUGGCAGAGCCUCCCAGGAGAUGGCUAUAUCAGGCUCUUGUCAGCAUGUACUUCUUUACAUCCACAGUAUUGUCUGGGUUUGGUGGCUGUAUGUGGAAUGGAUCCCCAGGUGGGGCAGUCUCUGAAUGGCCUUUCCUUCAGUCUCUGCUCCACAUUUUGUCUCCAUAUGUCCUCCUAUGAGUAUUUUUGUUUCCCCUUCUAAGAAGGACUGAAGCAUCCACACUUUGGUCUUCCUUCUUCUUGAGCUUCAUGUGGUUUGUGGAUUGUAUAUUGGGUAAUCUGGCUCUUGGGCUAAUAUCCACUUUUCAGUGAGUGCAUACCAUGUGUGUUCUUUUGUGUUUGAGUUACCUCACUCAGGAUAUUUUCUAGUUCCAUCCAUUUGCCUAAGAAUUUCAUGAAGUCAUCAUUUUUGAUAGCUGAGUAGUACUCCAUUGUGUAAGAGUACCACAUUUUCUGUAUCUAUUCCUCUGUUGAAGGGCAUCUGGGUUCUUUCCAGCUUCUGGCUAUUAUAAAUAAAGCUGCUAAGAACAUAGUGGAGCACGUGUCCUUGUUAUAUGUUGGAGCAUCUUUUGGGUAUAUGCCCAGGAGUGGUACAGCUGGGUCCUCAGGUAGUACUAUGCCCAAUUUUCUGAGGAACCUCCAGACUGAUUUCCAGAGUGGUUGUACCACCAACAAGGAAGGAGUGUACCUCUUUCUCCAUAUCCUGGCCAGCAUCUGCCGUCACCUGAGUUUUUGAUCUUAGUUGUCAGACCCUCCUGGGCUCCCUCAGUGUUUGUUCCCUGCUGAGCCUUGCUGAUGCAUGUGGAAACUUCUGUUUUUAAGAAAAGAACAUCUUGGCCUUUGCUGUUUGGCCGAUGGGAAGUAACACCAUUGAGUCAGUUCCUGUUUUCAUCCUGAGAACGUAAACUUGUUUUUCCAUUGUGCUUCCAGGGGUUUUCCACCCGGUGGACUUGGUGUAUCUAUACUGUGAACCUCAGUAAAGCUUUGGCAUUCUUGUAGAAUGACUGACCCAAGUCUGUGUCUUCUGUCAAAUCCCCCAGGUCUACAUCCAGUUCUCAGUAUUAUGGCAGCCUGGGUGCUGUCACUUAGCUAUUCUGACUGGUGUGAGGUGAAAUCUCAGGGUUGUUUUGAUUCACAUUUCACUGAUGAUUAAGGAUGUAGAACAUUUCUUUAGGUGCUUCUCGGCCAUUUGAUAUUCCUCAGUUGACAAUUCUUUAUUUAGCUCUGUUCCCUAAACAAAGAAUUAUUUGUUUCUCUGGAGUCUACCUUCUUGAGUUCUUUGUAUAUAUUGGAUAUUAACCCUCUAUCAUAUAUAGGAUUGAUAAAGAUCUUUUCCCAAUCUGUUGGUUGCCAUUUCGUCUUAUUGACAGUGUCCUUUGCCUUACAGAAGCUUUGCAGUUUUAUGAGGUCCCAUUUGUCCAUUCUUGAUCUUAGACCAUAAGCCAUUGGUGUUCUGUUCAGGAAAAUUUCCCCUGUACCCAUGUGUUCCAGGCUCUUCCCCACUUUCUCUUCUAUUAGUUUCAGUGUAUUUUAUUUUAUGUGGAGGUGCUUGAACCACUCGGAUGUGAGCUUUGUAGAAAGUGAUAAGAAUGGAAAGAUUUGCAUUCUUCUACAUGCUGACCUCCAGUUGAACCAGCACCACUUUUUGAAAUCCAGUUUUUUUUCCACUGGAUAGUUUCAGCUCCUUUGUCAAAGAUCAAGUGACAUUGGGCGUGUGGGUUCAUUUCUGGGUCUUCAAUUCUAUUCCCUUGAUCUACCUGUCUGCCUCUGUACCAAUACCAUACAGUUUUUUUUAAAAAUCACUAUUUCUCUGUAAUACAGCUGGAGGUGUGGGAUGGUGAUUCCCCCAGAAGUUCUUUUAUUGUUGAGAAUAGUUUUUGCUAUCCUGAUUUUUUUGUUAUUCCAAAUGCCAAUUUCUCUUUCUAACUCUGUGAAGAAUUGAGUUCUAUGUUGAGUAUGAAGUGACUUUCCUUAUCUUUUUUGAUAAAUUUUUGUUUGAAAGUCUAUUUUAUUCAAUAUUUGAAUGGCUACUCCAGCUUAUUUCUUUGUAUCAUUUGCUUGGAAAACUUUUUCCAGCCUUUUGCACACUAAGGAAGUGUCUGUCUUUGUCACUGAGAUGUGUUUCUUGUAUGCAGCAAAAUGCUAGGUCUUGUUUACAUAUCCAGUCUGUUAGUCUAUGUCUUUUUAUUGGGGAAUUGAGUCCAUUGAUGUUGAGAGAUAUUAGGGACCAAUAAUUGUUAUUUCCUACUAUUUUUGUUGUUAGAGGUGGAAUCAUGUUUGUGUGACUAUUUUCUUUUGGGUUAGUUGAAAUAAGAUUACUUUCUUGCUUUUUCUAGGGCGUAGUUUCCCUCCUUAGGUUGGAGUUUUCCAUUUAUUAUCCUUUGUAGGGCUGGAUCUGUGGAAAUAUAUUGUGUAAAUUUGUUUUGGUCAUGGAAUAUCUUGGUUUGUCCAUCUAUGUUAAUUGAGAGUUUUGCUGGAUACAGUAACCUGGGCUGGCAUUUGUGUUCUCUUAGGGUCUGUAUGACAUCUGUCCAGGAUCUUCUGGCUUUCAUAGUCUCUGUUGAGAAGUCUGGUGUGAUUCUGUUAGGUCUGACUUUUUAUGUUACUUGACCUUUGUCCCUUAUUGCUUUUAAUAUUCAUUCUUUGUUUCGUGCAUUUGGUGUUUUGAUCAUUAUGUGAUGGGAGGAAUUUCUUUUCUGGUCCAAUCUAUUUGGAAUUCUGUAGGCUUCUCGUAUAUUUAUAAGCAUUUCUUCCUUUAGGUUAGGGAAGUUUUCUGCUAUAAUUUUGUUGAGAAUUAAGUUGGGAAUCUUCUCUCUCUUCUAUACCUAUUAUCCUUAGGUUUGAUCUUCGUAUUGUGUCCUGGAUUUCCUGGAUGUUUUGGGCUAGGAGCUUUUUGCGUUUUACAUUAUCUUUGACAGUUGUGUCAAUGUUUUCUAUGGUAUCUUCAGCCCCUGAGAUUCUUCUAUCUCUUGUAUUCUGUUGGUGAUGCUUACAUCUAUGACUCCUGAUCUCUUUCCUAUGUUUUCUAUCCCCAGGGUUAUCUCCUUUUGUGCUUUCUUUAUUGUUUCUAUUCCCAUUUUUAGAUCCUUUAUGGUUUUGUUCAAUUCCUUCACCUGUUUGGUUGUGUUUUUCUGUAAUUCUUUAAGGGAUUUUUGUGUUUUCUCUUUAAGAGCGUCUACUUGUUUACCUGUGUUGUCCUGCAUUUCUUUAAGGGAAUUAUUUAUGUCCUUCUUAAAGUCCUCUAAUAUCAUCAUGAGUUGUGAUUUUAAAUCAGAAUCUUGCUUUUCCAGUGUGUUGGGUAUCCAGGACUUGCUGUUGUUGGGGAACUGGGUUCUGAUGAUGCCAAGUGCCCCUGAUUUCUGUUGCUUAACCUCUUGCCCUUGCCUCUUUGCCAUCUGGUUGUCUCUGGUGUUAGCUGCUCUUGCUGUCUCUGUCAGUGGCUUGACCCUCCUGUAAGCCUGUGUGUCAGCACUCAUGGGAGACCAGCUCUUUCCCGGCAGAAUUUGGGUACAGAGUGCUGGGGCACACGGUCAGCUGGGGCGCAGACAGAAACCAGAAGGAUACUGCCCAGACUGCUCCUCAGUUUCUGUGUCCUGAGUGCUCCGGGGGUUCCCUCUGAGCCCAUGUGUUGGUCUUAGCUGUGCUCUCUGGUGUGCCAGCACUCCUGGAAGACCAGCUUUCUCCCAGUGGGAUCUGGGUACCACUGAAUAGCUUCUUAGGAAAACUGACAUUGUGUUGUACUUUUGAGGCUGAGUCUCUUGUACACCAGGCUGGCUUUGAACUCACUAGGAAGUAGAGAAUGACCGAACUUUUCAAUAUCCUCUUCUACAUCCUCAAGUACUGGAAUUUCAGGCUUGCAAUUACAGGAGUAUACAACAGCUCAUGAUCGUAUUGUACUGAGGUACUUCAUGCGUAUUUUGUGUAUAGCGGGCAAGCACUCUUCUGGCUAAGCUAGUUCUUAGCCCCAAACUGACAUUUGAGAAAACGAAACCAAUUUUGUGUAAACGUGAACAACACACACACACACACACACACACACACACAAAGAGAGAGAGAGAGAGAGAGAGAGAGAGAGAGAGAUCAUGUAUUUAAGCCCAGCAGCAGAUACAGCAACUAUUCUGUAAUGCUUGACUCAUUAUGUAACUCAGUAAUCCCUCAGCACAGAGGCUAACAACAAUUUUGAGAAACUUAUUAAGUACAGAUCUCUUACGUAUCCUCCUGGGAUGAUUUUACAUAACAACAGUCAGAUAUCUUCUAACACUAGGGCUUUGCUGUGAUUUAAUGAUUCAGAAGGAGAUAUUUAAUUUUCCACCUUGCCAUGAGGUUUUUAAUCUGAACAACACAUUAUUAAACUGUUCGUCAAGACACACUACUGCCUUGCGUGGCUUACACGUCUUCAAAUGUGGCGUUCACUGUGCCAUGCUAUCCCCUAACCUUUCCAAAGAUUGCUGCUAAGACUGUCCACGUCUUUGAAAUACCGUUUUUUAAAAUGUGCUGGAUAGGAAGGAGGCAGUACAUGUGCAAAUGCUUGACUUUGGAUUCUUCAGAACCCAGGUGUUUCUUCGGCUGCUUGCCCACUUGGAGUUGCUAGCACUCAAGGGGCUGCCAGUCAGCUAGAAUAUCAUGGACAUGUGGCGAUUUACCUUUUACUUUCUCUGGUAAAUGGAUUUUUACUUUCUCUGCUGAUGUGGUUUUAUUUCAUUUAUUUAGUGUGUGUGUGCGUGUGCGAGAGGGAGAGGGAGGAAGAGGGAGAAGAGAGAGAGAGAGAGAGAGAGAGAGAGAGAGAGAGAGAGAGAGAGGUGUGUCCUAGCAAUGAGUUCCGGAGACAACACUCAACUUGUUAGGUGUGACUCCAAGCACCUCUCCCGAUGAGCCACCUCACAGGUCCGAAAUGGCUCUCAUCUAUGCUGGUGGCUAUGGAUAUGGUUGGCUGUGGUGGAUAUGAUAGCAAGUUAAAAAAAAAAAACAGCCUGAAAGUGUUGUUGCAAAAUUAUAAAAAAUAAAACAGCCUUUUUACCCACUCUAGGUCCAGCACCGCAGUACCCCAAGAUAUCUGCUGGAUAUCUUAAUCUCAGUCAGCAAAGCAUCUCACCUGCUCUGCUCCAUCCCAUAUCGCACUGCCGAAGGCCUCUCUCUGAGCCUGGCGACAAUCUCUCUACCCAUCCAGUUCCCAAGGCAGGCUGCCACCAUGGCAGAAAUAUACAUCCUAAUUCUGUGGCAUCCCACACACUCUCUCAAAUUCAGUUCUCCACAAGAAAGAACACAGAACACAAUAACCUCUGGUCCAAUUGGUAGGAUAUAAUCGCCCGCCUAAACAGACAAAGUCCCAUACACAUCCAUCCCUUAAGAACAUUCAUAACAACCUGUAAAGGCACAGUGUGGAAUCUUAACGCCAGCUUCCAUGUUCUCUCUCCACAGCAGCUUCUCUGCCUUCUUCCCCUCUUCCUUUCCGUUUCUGUCUUUUAGUACAGACACUUUAACAAGGUGCAAUUUUGAAGGUGUUUUCUUGUAAGCUAACAAGUGAAGAUCCUUGUUAAUCCAUACUCUUGUAUGGAUUUUGCUAAAGUUAACUGGAAAGAAACACCUACAGCCUUGCAGCUUAAGGGGAAUCUAUUUCCCUAUAUCCAAAACCAUGGUGAAUGGCUACUGAGGAUAGAUAUUUAGAUGUUUGCAAUGUGUGUUUUAUAUCAUUAGGAUUGGGUAAUAAAAAUAGCAUAUUUGUGCAUUUAAUAGCAGUAAGAUUGGCUUCAAAUGAAAAAAGAUCUCAAAAGACAGGGUCUUGUUGUGUAACUAGUUUGGCUGGCUUUCAGAGAUCCUCCUGCCUCAGCUUCCUGAGUGCUGGUAUUGUGGGGUAUUCAGUGGAGUAGACUGCUUGGAUCUAGGUUUAAACCAAUUAAAAGUCUUAGCCAGCCAGCAACUACACUGGACGUUUGUGAUCACUGCAUGUGGCUUUCAAGCACACACACACACACACACACACACACACACACACACACACACACAAAUCAUGUCCUGGAUUGACAUACUUCAGUCAGUUAAUAAGAAUGGGUAACCACUGGUUGGCAGUGGUGCCGUAUGUCUUUAAUCCCAGUGCUGGGGAGGCAGAGUCAAGUGGAUCUCCGUGAGUUUGAGGCCAGCCUGGUCUAAAGUAUAAGUUCCUGGGAUAUACAUGGAAACCCCGCCUCAAAAAACAAACAAACAAACAAACAAACAAGCAAACAAACCAACAAACCAAAAAAUGCUAGCUCCUCCCCAAAAUAAAAAACAGAAAGGAAACCAGUAGCCAGAAGCAGAACUACAGAAGCCAGAAGGCAAGGUUAGUACAUUGAGGGACGUUCCCAUAACUAUGGGGCUUGACGGAGUAGGUCUUUGUCUUCAUUUUUGGCAGGUGGCCUGUCUGCACGUUGAGUUUUACAGACUGAAUGGGUGUUCCGUCAUGGAGUCACUUGUGCUAAGACCUGGGGCCUGUUAUGCUGGGAAGGAGGGAAAAGGAUGGGCCACCACUUCUGGAUUCAUGUUGUCCUUAAUGUUUUUCUGAGAGUGUAUUGAGGUUAUAGGUCAGUUUGAAAGAAUCAAUUGCUUCAGUCCGCUCAGCCCCAUCAUUGCAAAGGAGGCACACCUCUUCGUUUACUUAGGAUUUCAGAUUACUUAGGACUUUAGAAUAUUCUCCAAUAACGUGCUAUAGUCUUUUUCGUGACAUCUGUGCUCAUAUUUUUUUCAUAGUACUUAAUGGUUUUCGAUAUCAUUCUAACUGUAUCACUUUACAAACUUCUCAUUGAAAAUGGAGAAUUAAAAAAACAAACAAACUACAGCCGCAGGGCUCAGUGUAUUAUAAAGUGAGCUCGCCUGGAUUCCUGUUUCUAGAUCAAGCUCAGAAUCACCUGCAAUGCCCUCUCCCAAAUAUUACUCUCUCCUUCCUUCUCCAGAGGAAACUGUCUUGAUUCUUAUCACCAUUAUGGCCAAACUGUAUUAUUCUGUUCCUAGCUUCUUCUGUCACUAGGGUAUGUGUGUGAUCCAUCCACGAUUGUGUGUGUCCGUCAUCCCAUAAUAUACAGUAUUCUGUUACAUGGAUAUUAUUGGCUCAGAUGGAGAAUAUCAGGGAGGGUAGAGGGGCCUUCUGUGGGAGACUUAGGCUCUGUAGACAGAGGAGUCCUCCAUGCUCCUCACAGCUGUUCCUGAUGAGAGACAGUCCUGGCUUGUUCAUACUGUUUAUUCACUGUGCGUUGUAGAAAAUGGGUGCAUACAACUUCCUCAGGGUGGACCAGAGAUUAAACACCUUGUGCGGGAAGAAUGUCUGGGAAGGGAUUUGGCUAAACUCCCAGGGGCCAUCUAGAUACCUCAUUAGCACAGAGAACUUUGUUCUUUGUUCUGGUCAUGGGGAGUUGUGAUAACCUGUCCCAGGCCAGGAGUCCAGUUGGGAGUAGGGAAAACUCAUAUGGUCCUCAGGUGAGUGCGGGAUUUCCGAACCCUCUCAGCCUUACCAAGUUUCGUGGCACGGGCCACUUCCCCACAUUUGUAUGCUUAUACACACCCCGAACUGUAACUCUGUGUCUGCUUUACCUAUAUAUUAGUGGAUAUGGUAAUUUUAUAAUUCACGUGCAGAAAAUAAUUAAUAUUGUGGUUAUUUCUAAGUCUUCUUAGCCACACAUCUGUUAAAUUGAACCAAUAACUCCUAGAAAUAGAAGAAAGUCAUUUGCCGAGAUGUCACUUGGAAACCUUUCCCUGAAAAGUUUGGAAGUGGAGAGUUUCCACACACGGUUCAGUGCCUGGACACCUUUUAAGAACCAGUCCUUAAAUAGACAGCUCUUUCAAGAAAGAGUUACUCUCAUAAGUCACUGGUUUGACCUCUGGACCAACAAGCAACGGCAGGAAUUCUUAUUCAUGAUCCUUUCACGAAGCUCGAAGUCACAAUUAAGGUUCAUCCAAGACUGGCUUUCGGAAAGGAAGCAGGUGGCCAGAGUGGAUUUCUCGACAGUGUUACCGCGCUGCAUUUCUCUUUACAUCUUUUCCUUUCUGAAUCCAAAGGACUUGUGUGCAGCUGCUCAAGUCAGCUGGCCCUGGAAGUUCCUAACGGAGCAGGAUUGCUUAUGGAUGCCCAAAUGCACUAGGUUCGGGUGGUUUCUGCCCUAUGCGCCAACACGGAACGAGUAUGGCGCUUGGAAGCAGCACUACAUAGCUUGUGUGUCCAGCUUGGACUGGCUGACACCCAGGGAAGCUGCCGCUGUUUACGGAACACUGAAUGAACCCAAAACAGAGGAUGAGGAGCUCCAGGAGAGGCAAAGAGAAAAGUGCCUGAGAAAAACCAUUUGGGAGAAAAUCGCACUCCGCAAGAAGGAGUUGUUCAAAGCUCGACCCCCUUGGCUGACUGGAACACGCUGCUCCAGGUCGCUAAAAUGUACAAGCCUGCCCGGCGGCCCUCAGCUGUGGAGAGACAGGACAGGGUUCUGCGAAGCCUUGGAGAGACAGUUUCUUCGGGCAUCUUUAGAUGCUUUGCCUCAGCGAAGCAACAUCUCUGGCAGUCACUCCUACCUUUCAUUACUAAAGAAAAGCCACCCCGAGCUCGGCAGAACCGAUGACAGCUCUUCCUGUGAGUCGCCACUACACGUCAUCCUAAUAUCAUCUCGGAUUCCCGCAUAUGAGAUGGUGCUGGAUAGCGUCAAGGCAGGAGUGGUGGCGGUGCUGUAUGAACCCCGAGGAGUGACGUUCGAGGGCCUGCUUCAUCUCCUCGGCAGAGCUCUACAGGGGCGGAAGGCACAGGGCCUCGGGAUAUUUAGCAGCGGAAACAGCAGAGAAAUUGACUUACUGCAAGGCUAUAAAAUUUGUAUUAAAAAUUUACUGUGGCCUGAAGUGAGAGACUUCUGGGAGAAACUAGGAAGCUGUGUGACCACUGAAGAAGAAGGAGGACACGUAGACUUAUUUGUGCCACUUGGAGCAUCAGAGACAGGUAUAGAAGUGCUUUCUCUGCUAUCUCAACUAACUGGCACAUCGUUCUCUGCCCCAGCUGGAGUCGCAACUGGUUCCUACCAACACAUUCUUAGUGACUGGCUGGGGCCGCAUCGGGAUGGGACUCCUCUUUCUAACUACUUCAUCGAGUCCAAGCUGCAGGCAUGGUCCAGCUUCACAGAAUUCCUGGAAGACACCUUGAAGUCAGUGAGGAAAAAGCUAAGUCCGCUCUUCCAGAACUUGCAGGAGAGCAUCGGUGGCCGCAUGAUAGGGCAGUUCAUGUUUGACACUCUGGGUAUGGACAGCAUCCUAAAUAACCAAGGCGUUGCACAGGCUCUGGCAGAUGGACUGAUGGAGCUGUCAAAAGAAGGGUCUGACAAACCUCUGGAAUUUUUGUCAUAUUUUCUGCUGAAGAAGUCUAGUAAAAAGAAUGAGGAUUUUGAAGGAGAUUAUGUUCUGACAGAACGUGGCCUGAAAGAAACACAGGAUCCACUCAUGAAGGAAAGAAGCAGUAUAGAAGACAAUUCUCAGGACACGAAGUCAAGUCCAAGACAAAGCAACCUGAACAUGGAGGCUCUGACUACGCUGGAGAGAAGGCUCCAGAUGGACUCAGUAGAGAAACGAACCCGAGUUGUGAAGGAGCUCGUGCAGAGCGAGAGACGGUACGUGCAGACGCUGGGAAUCGUGAGGGACGUGUACGCCAGGCCCCUGAGGGCAGCUCUCUCCUCCAACAGAGCCAUUCUCAGUGCUGCCAAUAUCCACAUCAUUUUUUCUGACACUCUGCACAUCUUAAAUCUCAACAGAGAGUUUCUAGAUAACCUAAGGGACAGACUACAGGAAUGGAGCCCAGCCCACUGUGUGGGAGAAAUAUUCAUAAAGUUUGGAAGCCAGUUGAACGUAUAUACCAAUUUCUUCAACAAUUACCCAGUUGUCCUGAAAACCAUUGAGAAGUGCAGAGAAAUGGCUCCUGCGUUUAGAGCGUUCUUGAAGAGGCACGAUAGAACCAUUGUUACCAAAAUGCUGAGUCUGCCAGAGCUGCUGCUGUACCCAUCCCGGAGAUUUGAAGAAUAUAUUCACCUUCUCUAUGCUCUGAGGCUCCAUACUCCUGCAGGACAUGUGGACCGUGGAAACCUGACCACUGCAAUUGAACAAAUCAAAAAAUAUAAAGACUACAUAGAUCAGAUAAAGGAAAACUUCAAAAUGAGAGAGCAGCUGUCCGACAUACAGACACUCAUCUGGGGCUGCCCGACUUUAUCAGAAGCAAACAGAUACCUGAUUCGGAUCCAAGAUGUGGUUCAGCUUCAGUGCUGUGAGGAGAAAACGGAAUUCUACUUAAGAUGACUCCUUGGUGGAAUAAGAGAAAACAGUGUGUACCUAGACCGUAAACGUCAUAGUAGACUUUCUCAAGGCUGAUCAGUUUCCUAAUGAGAUCAGAUCCAAGUAUUGUGGGAACUCACACCGAAUUUCUGCCCAAAACAAGAGGAUCACUUUAUUACCCUUAAGUAACUGUUCAAGUUAGCACUGAAAAUGACCUUGCCAUAUCUAUUUUGCAUGCUCAGAGAUGUGUAAGAACAGAUAGAAAGAUGCCAAGGCCCAUAAAUUUGUCUUCCUGUUGCUUUUUUUAAGAACAAGAACAGACAAGUUUCUCUAUAAUGGUUCAAGGAGCAAACAGUUAGAAUUGGUGGGUCAGACGAGGUCUGUGGCAAUGACCUUCCUUUCCUGUUGUAGCAAUGCUACUCCACUCAUAAACACUACUAAUAUAGAAAUGCACAGCUGUGGCUAAGUGCCAAUAAAGCUUUAUUUACAAAACAAAUGGCGUGACAGUUUUCUGAUUUCUGCUUUAGAAAAUGAUCAAUGUUUUUCAGUAUUGAGGGCAAAGACAAAUUAUCCAACAAAUAGCAACGAAAUGGAAAGGAAACUCUUUUAUUUCAAUAUUUUCAGCAGACAUCUAAAGGCUCCAGGGUAGUGGGGUAGAUGGGUUACCCCUUUCAUCUCCAUGCCCACUUUGGUAGCUCUUAAAUGACCAUCAAAGGCCAUGAGAAGACGAGUUUGAUCCCCAGAACUGACAGUGUAAGGAGAAACCCUCCGCUGAGUUUUCCUCUGACCUCCGUAUGCUAUUGGCACCCCCCUCCCUCCCCUCCCUUCAAAGAAGCAAAUCAGUGAAACAGAAAGUCAAGUCCAGGCUGCAGAGUGUCUCUUGCCUCACUGACUCAGCACUUUGAUUUUUUUUUUUUUUUUUUUGUUGCAUUGGUUUUAGUCGGUAGCAAUGGGUAGGUUCUUCUGUGACAGAAAGAAGCUGGCUUCUAACCCUGCAAUUCUAAACCCUCAGGCACCGUAGGAGACAGGUUAGCUGAUCCAGGCUAGGAUUAUUCAAAUCUUUAUACAUUGCCUCUUAUCCUUAUUUCUUCACGUAACUACUGGCAGUGGGUUCCCUUCAUUUUGGCUGGAGAAAUUGUCCAAAGAAAAUUUGACUGGCUAUGGAAUUUUAAGUUGCUUAGUUUUUGUUUCUUUCAAUAUUUUCGUUCCAUUUACUUCUUUCCUUCUUUCUUUCUUUCUUUUUUUUUUUUUUUUUUUUUUUGCUUGGUUGGUUUUGAAGAGAAGACAGCGCAGUUUUUAUCCUUGUUCCUCUAGAUUUUUGUUGUUCUUUGGAGUCAAGUUUGACUUUGAGUUUCUAAAAGAGUACAUUGUGCCUAAAUGUGGACUAACUCUGUUUUUUGAGCUUUCUGGACCUGCAGUUUUCUGUAGUUUUGAAAAAUUAUUCAACCAUUAAAAAAUGUAUUAUACAGUGUGUCUCUGUAGGGUAUAUGCUGGUGAGUUGAGAAUUUGUAGGAAUCAUAGGCCUUGUUGAGCCAUGAUGUGAGUAUUGGGAAUUGAACUCAGGUCCUCUGAAGAACAGCCAAUAACCACUGAGUCAUCCCUCUAGCCUCUUAGAAAGUUUACUCUGAGUAUUUUUCCCAUUCUUUUCUCUCUUCCUUAUCUGGUAUUUCUGUGACAUGUAUGUUUUGUUUGUUUUUUUUUCAAUUGCCCUUAUGGUUUAGAUAUUUUCUUUUCUCUCCAUCCUCAGUCUGUUCCUGUUUCUCAGUUGUCUUGGUUAGGAUUCUGUUGCUGUAACAAAACACUAUGACCAAAAGGCAAGUUGGGGAGGAAAGGGUUUAUUUGGCUUACACUUCACUGCACUGUUCAUCAUUGGAGAAUUCAGGACAGAAACGGAAACAGGGCAGGUACCUGGAGACAGGACCUGAUGUGGAGACCAUGGAGGGCGCUACUCACUGGCUGGCUACCCAUGGCUUGCUCAGCCUGCUUUCUUUCAGAGACCAGGACUAAGCCCAGGGAUGGCCCCAACCACAAUGGGCUGGGUCCUUCCCCACUGACCACUAAUUGAGAAAAUGCCUUACAGCUAGAUCUCAUGGAGGUGUUUCUUCAACUGAGGCUCCUUCCUCUUGAUUCUAGCUUGUGUCAAGUUGACACACAAAACCAGCCAGUCUAUCAGUUUAAGAUUUUUUUCACUCACACAUCUUCAAACUCACCACAAUUGCUAACUGUUAUGCUUCUCCGUAAGCCCACCAAUGUGAUUCUUUGUUACAAUUUUAUUUUAUUUUUACCAUUUCUUUUGUAAGAGUUUCUGUUACAAAGUUUUCUUCUGUUUGUCCUUCUUUUUUCCCCUAUUAGAUUUCCUAAUAUAUUCAUCACAGUUAAAUUUCUAAUUUAAAUAUUCCAAAAUUUCUGUCAUAUCCAAGUUUGCAAUUUCUCUUCAUUCUCUGCCUUUUGCCUCUCAGCAAGCCUCAAAACUUAAUGAGAGCUCAAAAAACAAACAAACAAAACCAAAGCAGAGCAAACCAAAAAACAACAACCACGAAAACAGUAAUAAUACGGCCUUUUUGGCGUGAGGUUUCAUGCCCCUUUUCUUUUUUUUUUUUUAUUUCUCUUAUUUUAUUAUAUAUUAGAUUAUUUAUUAUAUAUAUAUGUUUUUUUUAUUCAGCACACGUGACAGCAGAAAAUGUCAGAUUAAAUGCCAUGUUAUUGCACCAACCACUUUGGAGUGCCUAAAACUGAAGGUCUGAAAAUACCAAAUGUCCUCUUGUACAUGGCACCAACAAAGCUCCUUUUCAUUGCCUAUGGAUACAGAAAAGAAACAAACCCUUGAGAAAACAGUGUAGAAUUUUUAACAAAUAGAAACUUACUCCUACCCUAAGACCCAGCACAUCACUGAGUAGUGUCCAGCCAAACAAGUUAUUGAGCUACACACACACAUACACACACAUACACACACACACACACACACACACACACACACACACAGACACACACACAGUCUAUAAUAAUGCAUUUGAUGUUUUACAAAAAAAAAAAAAGCAAUCCAGGGUCUUCCAUGCGGUAAAUGUUAAAUAAAAUGGUUAAUUUUAUUUUUAGAGUGAGAUAUAUUACAUAAAUUAUAGAAAGCAAGCUUUGUAACUAUUAAAACAAAUGGGAAAAACAUUCAAUUAACAUUGAUAAGGAUUAGAAUCUGAAAUAAUAUAGUAAGUGAUUAUAAAAUAUGAUGCUAUGGAAGAGGAAGGGCUACCAGAAGCAAUUUGAUGGCAAAAGGCAAGCACAAGUACAAAAUCAAGAGAAGUCAGUGCAAUAUAGCACUAAUAGAAUCCAGCUUUCAUGCUACAAUAAGUGUUGGCUAUUCCAACAGUCCUAAAGAAUAACACUGUAUCCCAGUGGAUCAAGGACCUCCACAUCAAACCAGAACACUCAAUCUAAUAGAAAAAAAAAUGGGCAAGAGUUUCAAACACAAGGGCACUGGGGAAAAUUCUUGAACAAAACACUAAUGGCUUAUGCUCCAAGAUCAAGAAUGGAAAAAUGGGACCUCAUAAAACCGCAAAGCCUCUGUAAGACAAAGGACACUGUCAUUAGGACAAAAUGGCAACCAACAGACUGGGAAAAGGUCCUUUCCAAUCCUACAUCUGAUAGAGGGCUAAUAUCCAAACUAUGCAAAAACCUCAAUAAGUUAGACUCCGGAGAGCCAAAUAAUCCUAUUAAAAUGGGGUACAGAGCUAAACAAAACAUUAUCAGCUGAAGUACCUAAAGAAGUGCUCAACAUCUUUAGUCAUAAGGGAAAUGCAAAUCAGAAAAACCCUGAGAUUUCACCUCACACCAGUGAGAAUGUCAUGCCCCUUUUCUUAGGUGAUGCUUACUCUUCCCUCUACUGAAAGGCUAACAUUCUCGAUGUCCUCGUGUGUCACCAUGUGCAGCCUUAGACUCCCAAACAAACCAGCACACAAAUAAAGCAAGCAAACAAACAACAAGAAGCCAGCAGGGAGGUGGUAGCACAGGUCUUUAAUUUCAGCACUCAGGAGCAAGGGCAGGCAUUCCAAGCUCUUGACACGUCAAUCGGAAGCUGGAAUUCUCACUUGCUAGAACUCAGACUUAAUUUAGUAUUUGGAUAAGAGAUGAGAAUACAUGAGGGUUUGAGGAUAAAACUAAAUUAUUAUUACUAUUUUUCUGAGAUAGGGUAUCUUAGUAGUGUUUUGCUGCUGUGGACACCUCGACCAAGGCAACACUUAUAAAGGACAACAUUUAAAUGAGUCUGGCUUAUUGGUUCAAAGGUUCAGUUCAUCAUCAAGGUGGGAGCACGGCAGACAUAGGGCUAGAGGAGCCGAGAGUUCCACCUCCUGUUCCAAAGGCAAAAUGGAAGACUGACUUCCAGGCAGCUAGGAUGAAGGUAUUGAAGCCCAUGACACACCUACUCCAACAGGGCCACACCUCCUAAUAGUGCCACUCCCUGGGUCAAGCAUAUUCAAACCACCACACAGAGUCUCACUGUGUAGUUCUGCCUGUUCUGGAACUCACUAUGUAAGAUCUUCUCUGGUAAAUAAAUAAAUAAUAAAUAAAUACCCCAAAAAAAAAAAGUAGCACAAAAAUUCUGUGAGCACAGACUCACAGGGAUCGACUUGCCUAUGCUCCCUGAGUGCUGAGAUUAAAGGCAUAUUCCAAAAGACAUCAUACCAUGUUUAUCCUGCAACCCUGUCGUUUUAAAGUAAAUUAAACCCAAGAAAUGUCAUUCUCAUUUCUAUCGAACAUUUUCACUUACAGCCUAUCUGCCCUGUUUGUAUUUAUGCAGUGCUAUAAGACCUUAUGGUUUACUUGAUAAAUUCAACUACAACCACUUGGUGAGCGGGGAGGGAAGUGGGAGAGUUGUCUGAGGCCAGGCUGUAGUAUACAUGCCAUCAGGAAGGCUAGCCUGGGCUAUAAAGCCAGACCUUAUCUCAAACACAGAAAACGAAUCAUAAAAGAAACGAGCUCCUUGUCAUGGGACUAGCAGGUUGUCUGGAAUACAUGAGGCUUCAGAGAGCAGCGGCAACAUGGUAGCAGUGACUAAGUAAGUGUUAUGCCAAGGGUGAGGAAAGGUUUGUGUUCGCAAAGAAACAGUAUUCUCUGGGGCAGAGAGGAAAUCACAGUCGCUUUAAGAAUGAGGAAAUCAGGCAGCCUUUGCUUUACUGUGAACGCAGAAUACAAUUUUGGGCAUGUUUGGUACAAUGUUGGGUUUAGUUUUGAGAUUGGGUCUCACUGUGUAGCCCUAGUUAGACUGGAACUCAAGCCUACCUGCCGUGGUCUCCCACGAGCUGGGAUUAAAGGCAUGAACCACCAUCGCGAGCUACAGGGUGUUUUUGUUAUAUACCUUGGAACUUUUGCAUUCCUAUUUUCUCAGAAGUACCAAUUUUUGCACUACUUUUUUUGGUAUUUAUUUAAUUUACCAGAGAAGAUCUUAUAUGCUAGGGUGAAGCCAAGUCUGCCUUGAACUCCUGAUUUUCCUGCCUCUACCUCUAAAUGCUGAAGUUACAGGUGUGGGUCACACACCUGGCCAAGUUUGUUAAUUUUUUUAUUGGUUAUUUUAUUUAUUUAUGUAUCAAAUGUUAUCCCCCAGCUCCCCCCCCAUCUCAUGCCCCCUCUCAUUUCUAUGAGAGUGCUCCCCCACCGACCUACCCACUCCGCCUCACCACCCUUGCAUUUCCCUAUGCUGGGGCAUUGAGCUUCCACAGGACCAAGGGUCUUCCCUCCUACUGAUGCCAGACAAGGCCAUCCUCUGCUACAUAUGCAGCCGGAGCCAUGGUCUCUCCGUGUGUACUCUUUGGUUGGUGGUUUAGUCCCUGGGAGCUCUGUUUGGUUGAUAUUGUUGUUCUUCCUAUGGAGUUGCAAACCCCUUCAGUUCCUUCUGUCCUCCUAAUUGCUCCAUUGGGGACUCAGUUCUCAGUUCAAUGGUUGGAUUUGAGCAUCCACCUCUGUACUUGGCAGGCUCUGGCAAAACCUCUCAGGGGACACCCAUAUCUGGCUCCUGUCAGCAAGCACUUCUUGGCAUCAGCAAUAGUGUCUGGGUUUGGUGUGUGCAGAUGGGAUGGAUUCCUAGCUGGGGCAGUCUCUGGACGGCACCCACCCAUUUCAGACAUAUUAACCCAGAGUUGCUCCUGUCCAAAGGAAACACAGGGACAAGGAGUGGAGCAGAGACCAAAGUUUGUUCACUUUUAAGCUUCAUUUUUCUUUGUGAUCUUGCUAACAGUUCCCAAGUAGAGCUCUGCAGUACUGGCAAACACAAGCUGACCUUGAUCAAUAGAAGAUGCUACUCAAGUCCCAGACCUCAAGGAGGGCUCUACCGCCCACUGAAAAGGAUACUUGCCUCUUGGCCUUCCCCCAGUAGUCAUACUGUCAUUUAACAGGGGAACUAAGCAUGGGGGGAAGGGAUCUACUAAGCAUUCUCAGGGGUACUAGAAUCUGGUUAGGAAGUGACUCUUACUCUAGGACUGUAAGAGCCCUUGCGAUCGAGCUCCCAGUGCCUGUGCAGAUUGGACUUGGGUCUGGUCACAGGAGAGCCGACUGCCUGUAGUUGCCUGUUUAUUCCAGAGCGUGGGUCCAGGAUUCCUGAGUUUCAUGUGCUCAUAGGACAUGCUUCCCUGUCUGCUGGGCUAGCUAGUGCAGCAAGCGACAGUGACAGUGUCCUGCUGACCCAGUUAUGAAUGUACAAUGUGGCACCUCUGCCCUGUGUGACUUACUACUUGUAGACAUGCCAAGACCUACCACCUAAUACUGGGGAAAAUAAAGCCCUCUCCUUAGAGGUGGUUCUCAGGGGCGUAUAGACCUUUCCACCCUCACUACUGGGACAUUCUUUAGGGGAAAGCCGAACGUUCACUACUGAAGCAAGCGAGUUUCAAUGGCACUGCUUCAUGGUAUCCUAUAAGCUUACUUCCUGUUAUAAAAGUUAUUAGUUUUUAUACUUUAGAAUGUAAAAAUUUUAAAUAUUUUCUAAACUUAAAUAUAGAAAAAUUAAUUGUCCUUUAUCAGUUAUGUGGCAAGACCUUUCCCAUUCUCUGGGAUACAUGGUAGAAUUAUUUUUACCCACAGAAAGCUGUCUUUUCUUACAACCAGUUGAUCAUUUAAUCUUUCUGGCUUCCUUUUUCCUUCCUUCCCAGUCUUGCCUUAUCAUUCUCAAAGUAACUCAUCAGUUUCUAAAGCUUGCUUUUCUUUCUUUCCUCCCUUCCUUCCUUCCUUUCUUUCUUUCUUUCUUUCUUUCUUUCUUUCUUUCUUUCUUUCUUUCUUUCUCUCUCUCUCUCUCUCUCUCUGUCUGCCUGUCUGUCUGUCUGUCUGUUUCUCACAAGUAUACUUUCAUAAGUACACAUGAAGCAACCUACUUGCACCAGCAUAGAUCAUAGCCAGAGACAGGGGAAUGUUUACACACAGAGCGGACUUCAGUGGCUGAGGAUCACCAUGGUUCUGUUUACCUGUGCACACAAAGCGCCAACAUUUGGUGUCCUAAGCGCACACAUUUUGCUCUUCACCUAGAGCUGACCAUUUUUUAGCAACUUCAACGAAACAAAGAACUAAUAACUUUUUGUGUGGAUAAAACUGCCAAGCUACCUCCCUCCCUUUCAAUUUCUCUCAAACGGAGUUAGAGAUUCAUCUCCGACUAGUAAAUACUUCCUUCCCCAGGUUUGUACUUAAGGAUGCCUGCAGCCAUCCCAGUCCUCUCGUAUUUCCCAACUUCCAGUCCCUAGGUGAAACAAAGCAGUGUGCUGUUCUCUGGUCAGGUUUAAUUAUAAAAAUAUAGCUGUGAAAAAUGCAUCUAAUAAAGGAGGGAACAUUCAAUGUUCAAAAGAAGUUGCAGAGCUCAGAGGCAUCGGGUCCCUUAGGACUGGAGUUACAAUGGGUGUUAACCACCAUUUGGGUGCUUGGAGUUGAACUCUGGUCGUCUGCUACAGCAACCCGGGGUCUUAACCCGAGCCAUCUUUCCAGCCCUCAAUGUUCAUGUUUUGUGCAUUACUAAAUACUUGUCUAAUGGAUGAUAUCAAAUAACUGUAUCAGGUACCUUGAUGGUCUAUAUGGUCUGAGAGAUGCAAGAUCACUUUACCAAGGAUUCCAUGAACUACAUAAAAGGUCCAGAGUGGAAUGAGGUCUUAGUCAUGGGCAUUUCAUUUAAAGACGGUGAACUGUCCGACAAGGUGCAUGUCCAUGAACAUAGUUCCCCUCUCCACUCUAACAGACUCUAUGAACAGACCCAAGACCUCAGCCUCUUCCUCUUCAGUGAUGUACUCCUUGUCACCAGUCGGAGUACAUCUCAUACGCCAUUUGAAAAGACUUGUAAAACAACCUACCGGUUCAGUGCCUCGGUAGCCCUUCCCAGGGUACUCAUAGAAGACAUCCCGGACUCCAGAUGUACGUAUCUUCUUCCAUGAGAGAGCGGUCUUAUGCCGAACUCCUCAACUACGAAAAUAUCUGCGGAAGGAAGGAAAGGGCCUGAACAAUUAGUAAAUAAUUAUCAGUACUAGGAUUUCAUUAACUUGCCUCUGAAGAAGCGAGGUUGGCACUACCAGACACAACAGAAAAGGAGCCUUUAGUCAGAGGUGGGCAAGGGUCACAUCAUCCUGAGGGGUUCUGUCAGACGUGCACUUGUCUGAAGAUGCUACACGCUUAAGGUGCUGUUUUGGGUGUCCGCCCACCCACCCACCCACCAUCACUAGCAGUACUGGAGACUGAAUCUAUAGCUUCAUACACACUGGCUACAGUGUCGGGCCUCUGAUGUAUCAUUUUCCUAUUCCACCGGGACUAGGUAGUUAUUCCAGACUUGAUCGUCCUUCUGUUAAAUGGCAUUUGGUUAGUUCCUCUAUAAAAGAGCCAGCCUUUGAGAAGUGUUUGACCUCAGUAGAGUUCUGCCAUAAAGAACUCGGCUCAUACCUAUGGUGCUUAUUUUUAACAUCCACCCUGUAACCUCUCUAUUUCUUAAGCUGAACUAGACCAAUGUCUCUCCCCUGCAUUUGUUAGGACAGGUGACUGGGAGGUAACAUUUCUCAUCGCAAUGCUUCUCCCUGUGUGUAGACCUCAGCUCAAAGCAAGAACAAGACCUUACUGAUUUUUGACUCGUGAGUCUCACUCCUAGGAUGGUGUGCAACUCAUCUUCAACUACUGGGCAUGGCUAGUAUAGGAAACGCGCUGCUUUCCUUGUUCCUCUCCUGCGUUUACAAGGGCAUUCAGCCAAGAGCACAGUUGGCUGGGUCAUUAGUACCCCAGGGCUAGCGCUCAGCCUCUCUACAGCCACCAAUACGAUUUUUUUUAAUUCCAGUUCUUUCUACGGUGACUGAAAUAAGGAACUAACAGGCUUCGCACUAUCUAUCAUUUGGCCUUUAAAAUAAUCGACAAAUAACUAUAAAGAUUUCUUUUUGUUUAGAAAACAAGCUUCUAGUCUAUAUUUGCACUCAUUUUGAAUCCUUGAUUGAAGGCUUUUAAAAAAUUUUAGGAUUAGCUAGUUAAGUUUGAAUCUAAAAAACUUUUGAUUGUCUGUGAAAAUUAAACAUCAGGGUGGCCCCAGUGGACUACUGGUUCACUUUUAAUAGAAAAAAAGGUAAUGUAUCUCAAAUGUUUUCACAGAUAUCAAGAAUGCAUUUGUUCUUCGGGGUUUAAAACGUGACUGGAUCUGUGCUACUGAGUCGCCGGAUGAUAAGUUCCUCUGGCUGUCAGUACUCCAACAUGCAAUCAGAAGCAGUAUGAAGUAAGACUAGACUCAAAAAGGACAAGAGGGUCCCGGAAAGUCAGAUAUGUUUUCUGCUCCAGAACAUCUAGUGACAAGCACAUAGGUAUCAGUCAUGGAUGACGAGGGCAUGAAGAGUUAGGACGACGGCCUGUAAGGUGUCCUCCAAUUUUCAUAAUGUAUGAUUUAGUCGAUGCAUAAAAUCAAUAUAUAAAAACAAUGAGUCUAAACUUUUGAACCACAUAUUCUGGUAACUACCGCUCAUGGGCAUUAUUUAAGACAAUUUGACGUAACAAGAAAAAAACCCUAUGUGUAGGUUUUUAACAAAUGGGAAAUAGCCAGAAUAAAGUGUUUUUUUCAUGAGCAUUCUAGAAAAAUAGUUGAAUUUGCAAUUCACUAAUCAGCAUUUUCAGGAAACAGUUACUGAUUUUAAGGAUAUGUCUGUAGAAUAUAAAUGGCGGCUUUCUCAAGCCCUUGUCAGGUAGAUCCUUAAUGUGCAUGCACUCCUUUCAAAGCAUUAGAGUUCACCAUGUCAGAAUAUUAAAAUGUUUUCUGGAUUUUGUUUUCUACAAUUCUUAAGUACUUUUUGCUUUAAGACAAAAUUCUUAGGUCUUCCAAAAUAACCUUUAAAAAUUUCCUUUAACACCACUAAAUUAAAAAGUCAGUGAUGGAAGAAUCGAACUUUUUAACAUCGGAAAUUAAUGAAUGGGAAUUAACUCACGGGGUUCAGAGCACUGGGUGUUCUUAACCAGGGGCCCAGAGUCAAUUCCAAAAGCCCACACGAUAGGUCACAACCUGUGACUGCAGCUCCAGGAGACCCAGUGCUCUCCUCCCGAGUGUAGUGCACAGCACAGGCAAGACACCCAUACACAUACACGUGAAAAUGAGUGAUCUGUAAAAAUGAAUGGCAAUGACUGCACUGCAGGUCCGGGGCCCUGAGGGCUGUCACAGUUCCACACAAGCUUCCAGAGGGAGCUCCGAUGUCACCACAGUGAGUGGCGUGGCACAAUAAUCCUGAGAAUGAAUGCAGCAGUGUACCCAGGCAGUGAACAACAGCUUCCUAAUUGGACUUAAUACCAUCUCAAACACACACGCGUGCGCGCGCGCGCACACACACACACACACACACACACACACACACAUACACACACCCACCCACCCACUCACUCUCACACAGAGCAUGCCUGGUCCUGGAAACCCAGCCAACUCCAGAGCUGAAAUCUUGGACCUUGGAGAAGAAUCUACAAUUUCCCCUUUACUAAAGCAGCACAAUCCCUAACUGUCAUCUAAAUAUUUGUCCUUAUGCUCACAGAUAAGUGCGGUCCUUACUUCUCAACAAGGAACCCUUUCUUUGCAACAGAUGGACUCAGUGCUGAAAGACACAACUAAUCAAAAAGUGGAGCCCAGUCCCAAUGGAUUCAUCUACAAGACGACCCUAAACCUAAAGCUAAGGGAACAUUUUGGGGGCUGGGGUCGUAAUAGCCAAAGGAUCCGGGCAUUUUCUGAGAGAAUGUUUCUCUUAGUAAGUCUCACCAACAUGACUACCCAUACAUGAGCUGAAUGGGGCACUACUAUACAACUGCCAGUCAAUUCUACACAGAGAACUACAGACAACCGGGGGGUGCCGAGAGUGGAGAAGUCAAAUCCAGUGCCGAAUGCUCGGCCCUGAAAUCAUGCACAGGAGUAACACCUACAGAGUGAGCAGGCUGUAUUUAUGUGUUUAGGAAUUGUACUGCACAUACAUAUCUGUACAUGUAUAUAACAAGAAUUAAUGAAAAAGAGACCAUGAAUUUGAAAGAGAGCAAGGAGGGGUAGAUGGAAGGGUUUGGAAGAAAGAAAGAGAAGAGGGAAAUGAUGUAAUUAUAUCAUAAUCUCAAAAACUAAAAGAAGUACCUGGCCUUUAAUCCCAGCACCCCAGAGGCAGAGCCAGGAAGACUUCUGAGUUUGAUGCAGCCUGGUUUAUAUAGAAGUCCAGGACAGCAAUGAAUACAGAGACCCUGUCUCAAAAAUAAUCAAGUAAAUAAAAGAGAAAAUCUAGCAAAAAAUGUGCCAGUAAAGAAAUUUAGCUAAAUAAAUGUUUUGCAUAGUUAAGUGUAUUAAUGUAAGUUAUAAUGUAUUAAUUAGGAUUAGGUUAUUGGUCCCCUUUUUAUUUCAUAAUGUGUUAUGGUUAGUAAAUUCAUUGGUACAGUGCAGGACUGUGAACUCAGAACACUUAAUUACAUUUGAAUACUGAAGAUAUUUCUAAUUCUUAAAAGUUUAAGUCCUGGCUAAAAUAUAUAGAAAUUAAAUAUCGUUUUUUUAAUUAAUGUAAAAACUAUACUUCUGAUUUUGUUCCAAUGGAUCUGUAAAAGUUUAAUAUUUCUAAAAUAACCAUUAAGAGAAUCAUCUGCUUGUUAGUUAGCAAUGAAUGCAAAUUAAUAAACAUUACCUAAACGUAUCUACCAUAUGCUAUGAAGCAAAUCUGAAGACAGUGCAGUAUCCUGACAGGAGGACGCACCCGAGAGGAGUGCGACACCUACAUGGGAGAGAGUAGAUGGCGACACAGUUAAUGAAUGGCAGCAGAGAAAUCUCAAGUGACCGGUGUUCAUGUGACCCGAGACCCUCAGAAAUUUAAAACCCUUUACUUGUAAUCGCUAUCUGUGACGCAUCAGCAUUUGCUUGCACCAGUGUACAUACAGCUCCAGGGACAGUCCUGGGUGUCAUUCCUCAGGCAUCUUCUACGUGAUUUUCUUUAAAAUAAAGACUGAGUGGAUCUUUCGAUGGCCAGAGAACCAGAGGGACCUGCCCGUCUGGACUCCCAGUGCGGGGAUUACAAGCACACUAACAGGCCUGGCUUUUAAAACCACAAACAAACAAACAAACAAACAAACAAACAGGGCCUGUGAAUUAAACUCAGAUCUUACGUGCAGGGCAAGUAUUCGCCAACGGAAGCCCCCAAGCCCAGGAAAACAGCGCCUCAGUCACACAAAGGCAGUGAUGUCUGCAAGUGGCUCCUUCUACUCCGUAUGUAGUGGUUUCAUCCUGUUCCUUCGCCUUGAGAGAGCAGUGAAGGAAGACCUAUCUUCAUAAGUCAUAAGCUUUUACCGUUCCUGCUGAAUUCUCACGUAAACACACAGAAGAAUCCUGUCAUUGGUGAAAUUGGUCAGAAAAGCAUAGCCCCCGACCCUGAGUUGUUGUGAGAACAGUUUUUAGAACCUCGUGGUUCCGGAGAAUGGCGACUGAGGCUCUGAGGAAGAAAGGAAAGGAACUUCUGAGAAAAUACAUCAGGCUCCCAAAGCAAACACUGAGUAGGGAGCUCAUCCUAAAACACUCUAUAGACUAGAUGCUGCACAGAGAGGGACGCUGGCAGUUUGAUAUCAUUUUCGUUUGUGUCUGAGGAGAAGCCCAUUCUGUAAAUCCAGUCACAGCAUGGUUUGGUCACAACUACGAGGGCCAGUAUUACUGCCAUCUGAUGUUAUGGCCUAAGAAGGCUCAGGCAGGCCAACAAACACAACGUAGUCUCCAGAGAAAGUCCUCCUGACCCUUUUAUUGAAAUUAAAAAAUAAAAGAUACUUAAAUACAAUGGUGAACAUAUAGGGUAAAACAAAUCAUAAAAUUUAAUGUUCGAUUAAGCAGUGAGCUGAAUGUUUGGGUUUCCAAAGAGGCUUUGAACCCAGGACUGCUUCAGAAUGGGCGAGUUCACAGUUAACGGCCAUCACUUAGAGGUGAGAGAACGGUCGGAGCUGUUCCAGUUGAACUUCCAGGGAAAUUCUCUCCUCAAGGACAUCCUGAAAAAGAUGCAAAGUCCAAGUUACAAUUCGAGUAGACAGAAGUCCGAUGCUAGCCCUAGCCCUGCUUCACGACGACAACUGUAUCUGUCAGGGAAAGAAACAGUGAUUUGUAUUUAAAAUACAUAUUUCACUUUAGAACCGCAAUUUGAAUAUUCGUAAUAGGAAAGCAUGAUCCUACUAAUUCAAAGUCAUUUCUGAUGACAGAACUAGGUAAUAAAAUGCUUUUAGUUGUUAAUCGUUAGAAAAGCUAGUAAUUGUAGUAGAUGGGUAUUAGUGAACAAAUUUUGAAUAAAGCUUUAAUUAAAUGUACACGAAUUUUCUAACAUGAAUUCUAUCCUCUGGUGAUGGUUGGAUCUUCAUUGUGAAUUUCAGUUCUAUUAAAUAAAAAAAUGAUAUAUUUUGCAUUCAA